UUCUUGAAAGACUGCAGGCAUUUUAGUUCCUAUGUCUGUUCCAGACCCAUAUGGAAAAAUCAGUUCUGUCCUGUUAAACUGGUUGCACAGUUUUGGUUUUCAUCUGUCUACAGAGAUCUGAAAAGCCUAUGUUGUUUUAUUUUGUGCUUAUUUGGCAAAGCAACUAGUCUUGAGAUCAUCUGACCAGGAACAAAUGUACUGAAGAUGUCCUGGUUUGGGUUUUACCUGCCUCUUCACCUUUUCAUGGCAGCUUGCUUGUGCCAUUCCAUAAAAGCAUCCACCACCAGUUCCCAAAAGAGCUACAAGACUGAUCUCUUCAAUUUCUACCACUCCCUGAUACUUGCUGAUGGUAAGGAAACUACAGUUCACCUACUGAAGGAUAUACCUAAAAGGUACUAUUUUAUCGUGGAGGAAGGCAGAGCCCUUGCACCUUUCACAAUAACAGUGACCCCCUGUGAUGUUCCCAUCGAAUGGAGCAUACUUGUGCACACAGCUUCAGCAAGUUUCCUCGGAAAAGAAGCACGAGGUGAUCAUGAUAUACAAGAGGUCUCAAAAUCUCAGAGGGCUCCAAGCAUGGUAUCCACCAUUUUCAACUAUAAGGGAAAUUCUGUAGAGACUUACAUGGGGAUGCCUUCUCAUUCUGCCCUUUACAUGCUAGAGUUCUUAUCCACUGAGAGAGACACACACAUCACUGUGUACUUAACAACUGACACGUCAUCUGCCAACCUCUAUCCAGAACUUCCAAUGGAUCCACGCAUAGAUGUUAUUGGCAUUGGGCAUACAACAGUGACUCUGACUUGGAAACACAGUCCCUCUGUCUUGCAGCAUAGAGAAAACAUCCAGUACUGUCUUCUAGUUAAUGAAAAGCACAACUAUAAGAGCUUAUGUGCUGCUGAGACAGCCAUCAGAUCCUCUGGAAUGAAACUGCCACCUACACUAGCUUUGUCUCUCUCUCCAUACCUUCUUGAACCACAGCAGGUGAUGAUACUGUCCAACAGUGAACUGAGCAUCAUCAACAAAGCAAGUAGUGGGGAGGUCAGGCAGAUAUGCAUGGGUACCAAGAACACCUACACAGUGCCCAAUCUCAGUCCCAGCAUUCAGUAUUAUUUUGAUGUUUUUGUUGUCAAUCUCCUCACAAAUGCCAGCGUUGCUUACACCGGGACAUUUGCAAGAACCCUGGAAGAACCUGAACCCAAAGUGACAGAGCUGAAAGAUGGGAAAGUGAUUCAGGUUGUCCUGGAUGGGAAAAAACAGAAAUUCUAUAAUCUACAGUACCAGGCAAGGCACAAAAAAAUACAAUUCACCUUUCAGUUGUGUCGUGGCCAAGCACAGGUUCACAUAACAAGGAAUGGUAAAACAGUAGCACUGGAAAACAUCUCAGGACUGAGGUAUUUCUUACUGAAGGGAAAGCUGCUGGACACAUAUUUAGUGCAGCUGAGGUCCACAGAGGACUCAAACUCUUCUGUGAAAGUACAGGUGUCCCCCCAUUUCUACAAACCCUUAUUCCCACUUCUUCCAGAGAGCUUAAAAAUCAAGUCCUUCAGCAAACUGAGGACCUGCAGCUCUGUCACCAUUGCCUGGCUAGGAACACAAGAGGAGAGCAAGUAUUGCGUGUACAAGAAAAGGAUUGAAGAAGAUCAGGUCUGGAUGGACCUGCAGAGUGCAGACAGGUGCUCUGGACCUGAAUCUCGGCACAAGUCUGAGAAAGUGCUGUGCAAGUAUUUCUAUGAUAUCAACCUCCAGCGAGCUGUCACCACAGAGACCAUCAGUGGGCUGGAUGCAGGGACACUUUACUUGUUUGAUGUUUACCUCUUUGGGCCAUCUGGUAUUCCCAUCAGAUACCACAGCAAAGUCGUGAAGACCAGAAAAAAAUGUUGAAAGUUUUAAAUAAAUGUUCUGAAGUGAGUGAAUGAAGACUUACCAAACUCUACGUCAAUCUACGCCACAGCAUAUGCAGUUGAAAAUAUGCUAACUCACAAAAACUUUCAAGCCAUAAGAUUCUACGGAGGAAACAUCUUGGUUGUUUAGAUCAGUAGGUUUUCUUUUGUGUCUUCUCUCCCAUAAAAGUUCAGCACGCCCCCCCCCCCCCCCAUGUCUCAUUCAGACAUCAGCAUCAGAGACCUGUGAAACAAAUCCAUGCACAUGGAAAUAAAUACCCACAAAGACACUCAUAAGAAAUAGAUUGAAUACUGAAAUGUUUCCCAAAUCCAACACAGAAGUGAUGGGAAACACAUCUCAAGAACAUCAUCAUGUUAAGGUAGAGAGUUUUCCACUUUGUGUAUCUCCAGCUAAUGAGGAACUGACAGACCCCACAGUCAAGCUGCUCUCAAGAAAUGGAACUUCCCCACUGCUUGAACAGCAAUGGUGAGAAAAAGAAACAAAAAAAACCCCAAAACAGUGGAACUGGUGUAAAUCUCCAGUCAUUCUGUAAAGCAGACCAAAAUACAUCUUUCCCUAUUUACUUGCAUGUUUCCUUGGCUUUUAUUUCUAUAGAGAAACUGUGCCUGGUCAGAAGUGGGCAAAAUACAGGUCAGAAACUGGCUCUGGAUCCAGAUUUUCUGGGAGCACAAGUACAAUGCCAUGCUGCUGCCUGUUGAGGAGAACAGCAAGCAAGGAAACUUGCCAUGGAAAGGAGAUUUUUACCUAUAGUCUCUGGUAUCAAGCCCGUAUCUAUCACUGUGUGACUCCUGAGGGUAAUGUACUCACUCUUUACAUCUUUAAUCCAGCCUACCUGAAUAAAUUUGUUGCUUUAGGAAAAAAUAA